AUGAGUGAACAGGUUUUGCCGAGCUAUACUCAAAAGUAUACUCUUACUGGUCACACAAAGGCCGUUUCUUCACUAAAAUUCAGCGAGUGCGGUCAGUGGCUAGCGAGUUCCUCUGCCGAUAAACUAUUAAAGAUUUGGAGCGCUCAAGAUGGGAAAUUCGAAAAGACUAUUACUGGCCACAAGCUGGGCAUAUCGGACGUCGCUUGGUCCGCAGACUCCCGUUUCCUCUGCAGUGCCUCGGACGACAAGACCCUAAAGCUGUGGGACUUUGCAACAGGACAGUGCCUUAAAACUCUAAAGGGCCACAGCAACUAUGUCUUUUGCUGCAAUUUUAAUCCCCAGUCAAAUCUGAUUGUUUCCGGUUCCUUCGACGAGAGCGUCAAGUUGUGGGAUGUGAAAACGGGCCGAUGUAUUCGGACCCUGCCUGCGCAUUCUGACCCCGUUACGGCUGUCCAUUUCAAUAGGGAUGGCGCUCUGAUUGCAUCCUGUAGCUACGACGGCUUAUGUCGAAUCUGGGAUACGGCUUCAGGUCAAUGCUUAAAAACCCUAAUUGACGAGGAUAAUCCUCCAGUCUCCUUUGUAAAAUUUUCCCCCAAUGGAAAGUAUAUCCUUGCCGCUAAUCUGGAUAGCACCCUAAAACUCUGGGACUACAGCAAGGGCCGCUGCCUAAAAAUGUACAAAGGCCAUGUAAACGAGAAGUACUGCAUUUUCGCCAAUUUCUCGGUAACCGGUGGAAAGUGGGUUGUGUCCGGUUCUGAAGAUCACAAAAUUUACAUUUGGGAUCUGCAGACAAAGGAAGUUGUACAGAAAUUAGAAGGCCACACAGAUGUUGUCCUAUGUACAGCCUGUCAUCCAAACCAGAACAUGAUUGCAUCCGGGUCUCUUGAGGGUGACAAGACCAUCCGACUUUGGACUAGUGAAACCUGA